AUGCGAGCUGGUGCGCUGGGCCGGGGCGGGCUCCCUCUCCGCGCGGGACUGCUACUUUUGAUCCCGCCGCUUCUCCUCGCGCUCCAGCUCCUCGUCGGACUCCAGCUGCCGCGAGCUCACAGAGCCAGCUCCACGGGGGCCGACGGGGAGGAGGAGGAGGAGGGCGCGAUUGCCUUUUCCGUUAUUAGCAUCGAACCGGAGAGGAGCUCGCGCCACCGGGGAACCGCGGGCCGGGGACCGGAGCUAGAAGAGGAGGAGGAGGAGCAGGAGGAGGAAGAUGUGGAGAGGCCGGAGGGCGCACGCGGCUAUGAGGACGAGAACGAGAUGCCCUUGCGCAAGGUGGGACCCAGAAGGUUGGAGGUGCAGUCAUGGGCAGCCGAUGAGCCCUCCUUCACUUCAGAGCUCAGUCGUAUCAUCACAUAUAUCACCAGACCCCAGGUGAACUGCUCCAGGGUGCUGUCUCCAGGAGACGCUCAGGCAUCACAGGUCCCUGGAGCUGCUCUCCCCUGGCUGCUGUGCGCUGAGGAUUGGCUCCUUCCAGCUGCACACGCACCAUGUGUUGCAUACUCCUUCAGUAUGGACGGGGGAGAUGCAGACUUUCUAAAGACUGUGUUAGGGCUGGGAUGUGAAGUCCACAGAUUUGAUCCCAGCAACUCGAAUGCAUCUGGUGGUCACCUUGGCAACAGUUUGGCGAGUAACCGUGGUGAUGGAGGCGUGGUCAGCCAGCACAAGAUGUGGCUGGAGUGGCGAGUUCCAAGGAAACGCAAGCCCAAGACAAGAAGCACCCUGGGUAGUGUCUCUCAAACACUGGCAGCUAUCAUGGAGGCUCUGGGACAUCACACGGUUCACUUCCUGUACGCUGACCUGCUCAGUGCCGAGUGGCGAGUUUUCCAGAACUGGAUCGAGCUGGGAACUCUGUGGAGCAUCCAUCAUCUGGUUGCCAAAGUGCACCUGCAGUGGGCAGGGUUUGAGGUGGGCGGGACCAACGAAGAGAUUGUCCGCUAUUGGUUCAGUGUUCUAGACGGGCUCCGAGCCUCUGGAUUCCAGCUGGUCCACAUCUCUCCAGGAGAGGGACGCAGUGUCCUAAAACAGACAGUGCCAAACGCUCACAGCUCCUACACACUCAGCUGGGUCAAUAUGAGACGCUGACACUCCUACAGACGUAAUGGACACUUUUGUUCUUUAAAGGGUGGCUCUUUUUGCUUGUUUUCAGGUGAUGAAUGCACACACAUUCACUUCAUAUCCAAAGUCCUGUUGAUGAGCCUGUAGCAGUGUGUCUCCCUCUAGUGGAGAUGAGAGGAUCUUCAAGCUUGUUCAACUCCACCCUCAGAGGGAAACACUGUGUACACAAUACUGUCUUAUUUGACCAAAUAGGGAGCAGAUGGUUUGCGAGGUUGUAGUUUUUACUGGGUCACGAUGAAAGAAUGUUUUUGCCAGAUAUAGAUGUCUUGUUUGUCCCUCUGGCAACAUAAAUACCCAGCUAUUAUGUUGUGUGUAUAAAGCACUGCUGAACUGUGCCCUGAUUAGUUCUAAUUUGCAAACAUCUUUACAGUUUGCCUCAACACAGUUUUCUUUUCUUUUUGUUUCUUCUUUUAAUUUCUUUUCUUUUCCAUUACAUAGUCUCAUCGACUAUGAUCUUGCUGCCUCAAACACUUGAGAUUACAUUUGGUUUCCACACUGGUGUUUUUUUAAGCGUCAGCUUAGCCAUUGAACACACCAUUUAAUGUUUCUGUGCAAUUGUUAAGCAUCUCUGUCAGCUUUCAAAAUGCUUUUAUGUGCAAUAAAAAUUGUUUACAUAGAGAAGGAGAGAGGUUUAAAUAAUUUUGAUUUUUGUACUGCCUACUAUGAAAUUACCAAACAUCCAUCAUUAUACUGCGAAAUGUUUGCAAACUAUUGUGUAC